CAACCUCCGACCCUUCUCUAUCUUGAAGCCGCGUUAAAGUGGGUCCCACUUAUCGUUGAACCCAGCGCAACAACCAUUUUCUUCCAAGCCAUGUUCUUUUGUUUUUCUUCUUCCUUUAGACUUCAAAUCACAAUUAUUAAUAUAUUGUCAUUUGAUUCAUAUCAUAUUGUAUACUAUAGAACCUUUUUAGUAGUUGUAAGCCUCAAUUCCUAAACUUCCUUCCGUUGUUUAUUUAUUUAUUUGUUUAUUUUCUUCAUUUUGUUACUUUGGUUACGAAGAUUCUGAGUUUUGAAAACUACACCACACCACAGAAUCUUCGAGUAACAGCUGGUUGUACGGGAGUUUCAACCUGCAAGUUUGAAGCUUUGAUAGCACUUUUUGAUUUUUAUUCUUAUUUUCUCUUUCUGGGGUCCACUUUUUCCCACUGUAAUUGACAGCCUAAUCAACAGCCUGGAAAAGGUGUUUGCAAUGCGGCCACACUAAAAAGCUAAACUUGAUGGGAUUUUGGUGAUGGGGUUCACGUAAUCUUAAUUGGGUCGCAUUUUGUUUCAGACUCUGAGCCAAGUUAAUCACUUUGGUAGAAGCAAGUUUAUUCACGGCUUAAAGGGUUUUUCUGUGGCUCGGGGGAUAAAGUUAAGGUUAAAGGCUUAAAGGUUGUUUAAAGGGUAUUGCUUACAAUUGUUUUAUGGAUUGGUGCAUUCUUGGGGAACUACAAUGGUGAUGAUGAAACUUGUAAAGUGGGUUUCCUUUGUUUUUGUUGUUUAUUUGUUUUUGGUGAAUGGUUCGUCUGCUACAUUCACUCCUAGUGAUAAUUAUCUAAUUACUUGUGGUUCCUCUCAAAGUAUCACUUUCCAAGAUCGCACCUUCGUCCCCGAUUCACAGCAUUCUUCACCGGAGUUGAAAACCUCUAAUUCUGUUGUUGCUAGUUCAAAUUCUAGCGUCCCUUUCCCAAUAUAUCAAUCAGCUAGGAUUUUCACUGAGAAAGCGUCUUAUAGGUUUAAGGUUGAUGAAGGUAGGCACUGGCUGAGGCUAUAUUUUUCCCCUCUUACCAACUCAGCCCAUAAUUUGACUGAAGCUGUUAUAACAGUGGUCACUGAUGAUUUUGUCCUCUUGUGCAACUUCUCCUUUAGGAACUACAAUGGUUCAUAUAUGUUUAGGGAGUAUGCCAUCAAUGUUACCUCUGAUACCUUAACUGUCACCUUCAUUCCUUCAAAUGGUUCGGCAGUAGCUUUCGUCAAUGCAAUUGAAGUUGUAUCAAUGCCAAAUGACUUGUUUGUUGAUCAGGCAUUGGCCCUUAACCCAACCGCACCAUUCAAUGGCCUUUCUGAACUUGCUUUUGAGACUGUUUAUCGCUUAAACAUGGGAGGUCCCUUGCUCACUCCCCGGAAUGACACCCUGGGAAGGACUUGGGAGAAUGAUCAGAAAUACCUCCAUGUGAAUAGUUCAGUCACUAAUGUGUCUGUUAACCCUUCCAGCAUUAAGUAUCAUCCGGGUGUUACACCUGAGACAGCACCCAAUUGGAUCUAUGCCACUUCUGAAGCAAUGGGGGAUGCAAAUGUGGCCAAUUCAAAUUUCAACAUCACUUGGGUCUUUACUGUGGAUCCAAACUUCUCCUAUUUCAUUCGGGUGCACUUUUGUGAUAUUUUUAGCAAGUCUCUCAACACUCUAGUAUUCAAUUUGUUCAUCAAUACUGACAUAGCUCUUGGAAGCCUUGACCUCUCAUCCAUAACUAAUGAUUUGUCUGUGCCUUACUAUAAGGACUUUGUUUCCAAUGCCUCAGCUGACUCCAACAUUUUGACAGUGAGUGUUGGUCCUGAUACAAUGGCAGAUAUCACAAAUGCCACUAUGAAUGGAUUGGAGGUCAUAAAGAUCAGUAAUUCAUUCAAGAGCUUGGAUGGACUUUCUUCAGUUGAGAGUCUCCUUCCCAGUUCAUCAUCAAGUAAAAGCAAGACGGGGAUAAUAGUAGGUUCUUCUAUUGGAGUUGUGGCUGCCAUAGCUUUGCUUGGUUUGUGUUACUGCUGCAUGGUGAGAUACAAAUCAAAGUCUACUGAACAAGGUCAUUCUUGGUUGCCUUUACCCUUGUAUGGAAACUCUCAGACCAUGACAAAAAUGUCAACAACAUCUCAGAAGAGUGCAACUGCAAGCUGCAUUUCUUUAGCUUCGUCAAAUCUCGGACGGAUCUUCACUGUUCAAGAGAUCCUCGAUGCAACCAACAAGUUUGAUGAGAAGCUGCUUCUUGGUGUCGGUGGCUUUGGAAGGGUUUAUAAAGGAACACUUGAAGAUGGGACCAGUGUCGCUGUUAAAAGGGGGAACCCCAGAUCGGAACAAGGUCUUGCCGAAUUCAGAACAGAAAUUGAGAUGUUAUCCAAGCUUCGCCAUCGCCACCUUGUGUCCCUCAUUGGCUAUUGUGAUGAGAGAUCCGAAAUGGUUCUUGUAUAUGAAUACAUGGCGAAUGGACCUCUCAGGAGUCAUUUAUAUGGAACAGACCUACCACCACUGUCAUGGAAGCAACGGCUCGAAAUUUGCAUUGGAGCAGCAAGAGGUCUUCAUUAUCUCCACACGGGAGCAUCUCUAAGCAUAAUUCACCGCGAUGUAAAGACAACUAACAUCCUCUUAGAUGAUAACUUUGUUGCCAAGGUUGCUGACUUUGGCCUCUCCAAAACUGGUCCUGCUCUUGAUCAGACUCAUGUGAGCACUGCUGUCAAAGGUAGUUUCGGUUAUCUUGAUCCUGAAUACUUCAGAAGGCAACAGCUAACAGAGAAAUCAGAUGUGUAUUCGUUUGGAGUAGUUUUGAUGGAAGUGUUGUGCACAAGACCAGCCUUGAACCCUGUCCUUCCUAGGGAACAGGUUAACAUAGCUGAGUGGGCAAUGACAUGGCAGAAGAAAGGAAUGCUUGAUCAGAUCAUGGAUCAGAAUCUAGUGGGGAAAGUAAAUCCUGCUUCUCUGAAGAAGUUUGGGGAAACAGCUGAGAAGUGCUUGGCCGAGUAUGGAGUGGAUAGGCCUUCUAUGGGUGAUGUUUUGUGGAAUCUUGAAUAUGCUUUGCAGCUUCAAGAGACCUCAUCAGCACUCAUGGAGCCUGAAGAUAACAGCACAAACCACAUCACUGGAAUUCAGUUGACUCGUCUUGAGCCUUUUGACAACAGUGUUAAUAUGAUUGAUGGGGGCAACUCUUUCACAGAUGAUGAUGCAGAAGAUGCUGCCACAAGUGCAGUGUUCUCACAAUUGGUAAAUCCUCGCGGAAGAUGAGUUCUUCUGAUGUCUCCUUGAUUCUGGCCUUGGACUUACUAACAAGUCCUGAUUUGUGAAUCAAUGUUACUUUCCAUUUCGUUUA